AUCUUGCGACACCUAUUCUCUCCAGUCGGUGGAGACAGGAGACGAACAAACCUGGCGCUUGUUGAGGUGGCUAUGAAAGGCAAACCACUCACAACAGACACGCUAAUCAGUCUUAGCUGAUCACUUUUCCCUCUUGUAAUGAUCGGUGGCCAAUAUAUGUUGCCCUUUGAGGGAACGGUGUUAAAUGGCUGAUUAACACAGUCGUCAACUUGACAGAGCAACUAACGUUAGCCUUGUUUCACUAGCUGGCUAACGCAACAUAUUUGUAGCUACCGUUGCACGCAAGAGCAACUUGGCUAGCUAGUCGCCUGCUUUGAAGGUAGUGUUGCUAAUGUGCUAGCUUGUGUUGGGUAGCGGCUAGCACUAAGUUACUGUUGGUGGGAAAGCAUAACGAAGAGGCUUGGACCUCGGCGGAGCCGCCGCCGCUAGCUUCUCCGAGCUCCGAGGAUCUCGCCCAGGACACCAGGCUAAAAAGGAAUCGCCGGCAAGGCUCCACAUUUCUGAGGAAGAAUCAGCCCUUACACUAGGGCCUGGAGUGGAGAAAACCCAGUUUGGCCUGAACAGAGACACACAGAGAGAAUCCAUGUCAAGCCCUUCUCCUCCUCAGACAGCCUAGCGAAGGUCCAGGAGGUAGCAAGCUGGCUUUUGGAAAUGAACCAGGAUCUGCUGUCGGGGGGCAGCAGCAGCAGGCGGAGGCGGGGGCCGGGGGGGCCGGCAGCGCGAGGUAACGCCUCCUCCACAGCCCGGACACCCCAGCAGGCAGCUGAGGAGGGUGAUGAAGAUGAGCACAGGAACCGGGUUGUCGAGGAGGAAGAGCAGCUGCAGCACAGGCCCGAGGCGGCACAGGUCGACGGUGAGAGAGAACAACCAUGGGCGCCUAGUGAGUCGGGAGCCAGCAAUGGCCCUCGGGGAGAAGAGGAAGUGGAAGAAGAAGAGGAGGGCCAACCAAACGAAGUGAACGGGGGAGAGAAGGGGGCCCGAUGGAUGUGGGGGGCCGAGCAGAGGCGGUUACGAGGCCAGCAGCUGGGAGAGGAGGAAGAGGAGGAGGAGGAGGAGAACAACAACAGCAGCAGCCAGCAAGAGGAGGAGGAGGGGGAGGAGAGGACAGAGGGUGGGGAGGAGCAGAGGAGGGAGGAUGAGGAGAGGGAAGAGGGUGAAGAUGAAGAAGAGGAGGAUGAGGAUGAGGAAGAGAUGGACCAGGACAGUGAUGACUUUGAACAUUCAGUGGAGAGCGGGAGGGAGGAAGAGGAGGAGGAAGAGGAAGCAGAGGGGGAGGAAGGGCUGCGGUCUCCCUCUCUCAGGAACAAUGUGUCUGCCCCCAAUAACAACCUGGACUCUGGUUGCACACACCAAAGCUCAUCCAACAAGAAGAUGAAGAGAAAGUUGGACCAUGGCCCCGAGGUCCGAUCUUUCCCUUCUGGAAAAAAGCCCUGCAAAGGCCCAGAGUAUCCAAGCCCAACAGGAAUUGUUCCAUGCCCAGCCACACCCACCACAUUUGGUCACAUCAGAACAGCCAAUGGUCAGGGGCAACAGAGACGGCGCAUCACCUCAAUUCAGCCACCCACUGGUCUCCAAGAAUGGCUCCGAACAUUUCAGAGCUGGAGUGGCCCAGAGAAGCUGCUGGCACUGGACGAGUUGAUUGACAGCUGCGAGCCCACACAAGUCAAGCACAUGAUGCAGGUGAUCGAGCCACAGUUUCAGCGAGACUUUAUCUCCCUGCUGCCCAAAGAGCUGGCUUUGUAUGUGCUGUCAUUCCUGGAACCGAAGGACCUCCUCCAAGCAGCCCAGACGUGUCGCUACUGGCGCAUCCUAGCAGAAGACAACCUGCUGUGGAGGGAGAAAUGCAGGGAAGAGGGCAUCGAUGAGCCUCUACCUGCCAAGAGGAAGAAGCCCGGCUUCAAGCCUGGCUUCACUCACAGCCCCUGGAAGAGUGCCUACAUCAGGCAACACCGAAUAGACACUAACUGGAGGAGAGGGGACCUCAAAUCACCCAAGGUGCUGAAAGGUCAUGAUGACCAUGUGAUCACCUGCCUCCAAUUCUGUGGCAACCGCAUUGUCAGCGGCUCUGACGACAACACGCUCAAGGUCUGGUCAGCCGUCACAGGAAAGUGUCUGCGGACGUUGGUGGGCCACACAGGGGGCGUGUGGUCAUCCCAGAUGCGGGACAACAUUAUCAUCAGCGGCUCCACUGACCGCACACUCAAGGUCUGGAACGCAGAGACGGGAGAAUGUAUCCACACCCUCUAUGGGCAUACCUCAACAGUGCGCUGCAUGCACCUACACGAGAAAAGGGUGGUCAGUGGCUCUCGUGAUGCCACACUGCGUGUGUGGGACAUUGAGACAGGCCAGUGUUUACAUGUCCUCAUGGGCCAUGUGGCCGCAGUGCGCUGUGUCCAGUACGAUGGACGACGGGUGGUCAGCGGUGCCUACGACUUCAUGGUAAAAGUCUGGGACCCUGAGACAGAGACCUGCCUCCACACGCUGCAGGGCCACACCAACAGAGUCUACUCAUUACAGUUUGAUGGGAUUCAUGUGGUGAGUGGUUCUCUGGACACGUCUAUAAGGGUCUGGGACGUGGAAACGGGCAACUGCAUCCACACGCUAACGGGGCAUCAGUCGCUCACCAGUGGCAUGGAGCUCAAGGACAACAUCCUGGUCUCGGGCAAUGCCGACUCCACCGUCAAGAUUUGGGACAUCAAGACGGGCCAGUGCCUGCAGACACUGCAAGGUCCCCACAAGCACCAGAGCGCCGUGACGUGCCUGCAAUUCAACAAGAACUUUGUCAUCACCAGCUCGGAUGACGGCACAGUCAAACUGUGGGACCUGAAGACGGGUGAGUUCAUCCGCAACCUGGUGACUCUGGAGAGCGGCGGCAGCGGCGGCGUCGUGUGGCGCAUCCGGGCCUCCAACACCAAACUAGUGUGCGCGGUGGGCAGCCGCAACGGCACGGAGGAGACCAAGCUGCUGGUGUUGGACUUUGACGUGGACAUGAAGUGAGAGGCGGAGACAUGAGAGAGCAAGCAGCGGAGAGGAAGGAACGAAGAGGGAAAUGGGAGAUGAGGCACCGAGGAACCAGAGGGCCGAGGCCCAGAACUCUUCACCCAAACACCAACAAGAGCUCCUUUCGCCAAUACCCUAAAACCACCACCGCUACAACGGGCUAUCCCGUCCUCUACCAUCAGUAUCCUUCCCCCGUCCCCUUUGGGCAAAUGUUACUGACAAAGCCACAGGUCCACGCAUCUGUUCAGCCCCUGCUUUUGACCCUGCCCUCCCUAGAUGAGGUGGAGCCGGUUAAGGAAGGGCUGAAAAUAUGGGUGGGAGUGUUGUCGUUGUGGGGCAUGACUGGUCUGCCCCUCGAUCCGCUGGGAGAAGGAAGAGGAGAAAGAGUGGAAGCUCCGACUCAUCCGCAAAAGAGAAGACUGAACUCUUUUGAAGUGACUCUCUACCCUCGCAGUUAGGGGCAGCUUCGCACAGAGACUUGUUCAGUCAAGCCUGACAGUCAGAUGUUGAGAUGUAUAGAGAGAUAUUAUUUUUUAAACCCACCCUCCUCAACCCUUGCACACACAUACACACACAGACACACACACAUACACACACACAGUCACUCAAAUGGCCAACCGUUAAAUGGAGAACGUUGACCAUAGUACGUAAGGAAAAGAUUGAGGGGAGGGACGUUAUAUGAGUAAAAUGGAGAGAUGUUAAAGGUGAAUUUCCACACACAUAGUUUUACCUAGACAAAGAGCUGCUUGAUGUAGAGGAGAGGAAAUGGGGAAAGACGAUUGGCUUCCAAACCGGGAGGCUUCAGCCUAUAAUCAGGCUCUUGUUCUUGUCACUCCAGUUCCGUUCUUAUUGUUCUUAUCCAAACUUGGUUUCUGUAGUUUGAUUUCUUCACUCUAUCACACACAAACACAACUGUGAAUUUCAGUUCCUUUUGAACGUUCAGUUUAUCAUAAGGAAGGGUUUUUUUUUUUUUUUUUUUUUGCUUUUUUUGUUGUUGAUGCUGUUCUUUUUUUUUUUUUUUUUUUUUUCAUCACUGUUGCCAGCAGCAACAAAUCCCAGUAUUAGAACCUGCUCUGUUUAGGUUUGCUGUCAUUAUCUUACCACAAAGGGUUUUUUUUUUUUUUUUUUUUUUGAGCUGUUUAUUUUUCCUUUCUGUUUUCUACAUAACUGGGUUUGGAGCACUGCCUCCUCAUAAACGUAAAUGCUGUCCAGAAUUUUUCAGAGUCCGGUUGGGGCGGUUCCUCAAUGACGGUGCUGUGAUGAGAGGAAGUAAACGCUCUUUGCUCUAAGCGCUGUGGAAUAAGGCCCCUGCCCCCCCGCCCCUCCCCUGCUCCUUCCCCAGUACUGUUUUCCCCAGUGGCCAAACUGUAUUUAUGCUGCUAGAUGAAUGGAAAAAAAAAAGAAAAAAGAAAAAAAAAACAGAUGGAACUUUUACUUGCUGUGACGUUUUAGUCCCAGACGAAAUUCCAAAUUGAACUCAAUAAGUUUGGACUUUUUAAAAGACACACAGAAAAACAACACAUGACAAAACAUGACAAAAGAUAACAUCCAACGUUUUUGUUUUUUUGUUUUUUGUUUUUUGUUUUUUUUUGUUUUGUUUUGUUUGUUUGUUUUUGCCACUGAAACUUGAGCCAAACGUGCCUCUACGAGGCUGAGAGGAGGGAGAGUGUCCGACAGAUACUGACGGGUUUGCCUGCAGAAAGGAAAACAAGGGGAUGUACACUGUUGGUGUGCGUGUGUGCGUGCAUGAGUGCGUGUGUUAGCGUGUUAAUGGGCAAAUUGUAAACACAUUCCUUGGGACAAAGCUCUUUCAGCCUGUUCUUUGGGGAAAUGUACAAAUGCUGUGUGGACUGGCAAAGAAAAAAAGGAAAAACUAGCAAAUGUAUUGAUUUUAACAAGUGAAUGAAAGAACUGUCCAUAUCCAUGUGUGAUUGUUGUUCCAUUCAAAGAUGUCUGAAGCAACAGUGGACACCAUCACAAGCAUAAACUGACAGGUAGACUGCCAGGAGUCUUAGUGUUAUGAGUAUUACAUGUGUUGCAGUUAAAAUCACUGGGGCGGCUACCCUCGGCAGUAGCGGUCUCCUAGAUUGUGAAUGGGAAAAAUAUCUACACAAGGCAACAAAGUGAACAGAAACAUUGUAGCCAAAUGAAUCGUCUCAAUCUCCAAGAGUCACAACUCAAGCUGAACUGUGAAAGUGGUAUAACACUGUAUAUUAAAAAAAGAAAAAAGAAAACAAUCUUGCUCUAUCUCCUCUCUCGUUGUUUUCUCCCUCUGUUUUAAUUUAUGAUCUGGUUUGAGAAAUCAGAUAUGUUGCAGGUGUUUUAUUUUUUCAGUUCAUGUAAACUGCCUGGCAAAAAGAAAACAGACAGAAAAAACCUUAAAGGGAUUGUGUAUUUGUUUGAUUCACUUAGAAUUUUUAUUUUCUUAUAACUUAAGUGCAAUAAAAUGUGGGUUUUUCUUUUUUCAUUUCAAGCAUUUCAGUUGUCUGUUUUUGUUACCUGUGUGAAGGCAUCUUAUGUUCAAUAAAGCUAAUUAUUUGGUUUAUUACA